AUGCGUUUCUUCUCUGCCCUGUUUGUCGCCGGCGCGGCCACCGCUGCCAACAACAGCUACUGCACACCCUCCUCGGGCGAUGUUCAGGUCGUUCAGCUCACUUGGGCGCUCGAGUACUUGAUUGAGCAAUUCUACUCGUCGACCCCCCUCAACCAGACCUUCCUUAACUCCGCUGUGAACAGCUCCAACGCCAACUACUAUACCAACCUGCAGGGCAUGCAACGUCAGAACCGACUGGGUGUGCGGGCGGUGCAGCAGCUCGGCAACCGGGUUGAGAACUUCGAUUCCCCCAAGUGCAACUUCACCUUCGAAACUCCCAGCGACAGCGAGAGCUUCCUGCAGACCGCCCUGCAGCUCGAGCAGAGCGUGAGCGGCGCCCUCAUUGGUCUCGAAGGCUACACCCAGGCACCCGAGGUUUCCUUCCUCCUCGCCCGUCUGGCUGUUCAGCAUGGUGCCCACUCCGGCUACCUCGCCACCACCCAGGAGGGCGUUGUCUUCCCCAACAAUGCUACCUCGUUGACCCCAGCCUACAGCCCCGACUAUGUACUCACCUCCGGCCAAAACCCCGGCCAACUCGGUGACUACAUCAAUGGCUGCGUGUCAGCGCCUCAGCCCCCUUGCGGCAACCUCACCAUCGGGCCCCUGAUCGGCUCUCUAGGCGGUAGCAACUCCACCACUUCCAGCUCAGCAGCUGCUUCCUCGACUGGUGCGGGUGCUGGCUCCAGCUCUGACGCCUCUGCUACUUCUACCGCCACUGCCACCGGCUCCAGCAAGAAGAGAUUCUUCUAA